AUGAGCGACUCACUAGAGAGGAUGACAGAGUGUCCCUUGUCUCUCGCCGAGGAGGCCGCGGGCCCAGAUAAGGAGUGCGGCACAGAGUACCGCUGGGAAGAUGGAGGUCUGCCCGCGGCACUGCAGAGAGGCAUGGAGGACUUGCGAGUGAACCUCGAGCUGACUGAUGUGGUCGUGUGUGUACAAGGACGUGACUUCCCUUGCCACAGAGCCAUCCUUGCUGCGGCCAGUCAGUACUUCAGGGCCAUGUUCUGCAGUGGUUUGAGAGAGAGUCAAGAGGAAAGGGUGGAGAUGAAAGGACUGGACAGCGAGACAAUGCGGACUCUUCUGCAAUAUACUUACACCAGUCGGGCCGUCCUCACUCACUCAAAUGUGCAGAGUGUACUGGAAGCAGCCAGUCAGUUUCAGUUUUUGCGUGUGGUGGAUGCAUGUGUUGGCUACCUGAGCAGAUCCCUGCAAGCGGAUACUUGCAUUGGCAUCCUCAACCUGGCGGAUCGCUACGACCUUCGCACUCUGAAGACCAAGGCUCAGGACUACGUCGCCUCUCAGUUCUCCCAGGUGGUCGAGCAGCAGGAAUUUGUGGAAGUGGCGGCCGAGUCACUUGGGAACAUCCUGCAGAGGGACGAUCUGGACGUGAAGUACGAGGAGUGUGUUUUCGAGGGCCUCAUGCGCUGGGUGAGAGCCGAGCGGGACGAGCGACGCCACUUACUAGUCGGGUUGCUUUCGUUUGUGCGGCUGCCCUUGUUGGAGCCGGCGUACUUUGUGGACAAAGUGGAGGGUGAUGAACUCAUCCGCAGCUGCAGCGAAAGCUUUCCUCUUCUGCAGGAGGCCCGCAUGUUUCACCUCUCCGGAAGGGAGGUGGUUUCUGAACGAACCAAACCGCGCAUGCGCCACUUCCUGUCAGAGGUGUUCCUCAUCAUUGGAGGCUGCACCAAAGAUGACCGCUUCAUUUCUACCGUCACAUGUUUGGACCCACUCAGACGCAGCAGGCUCGAGGUUGCUAGGCUACCGGGAACAGGCAUGGAGGAGGAGGCUCAGAACAGGAAAUGGGUGGAGUUUGCUUACACCACCUUUCGCAAUGAACUCUAUAUAUCUGGAGGUAAAGAGACCCAGACGGAUGUUUGGAAAUACAACGGCGCUCUGGACAAGUGGAUUCCAAUCGAGCCUCUGACGACAGGCCGAUGGCGGCACAAAAUGGCCGUCCAAGGCGGGAGGGUGUACGCACUAGGCGGGUUCGAUGGCGUGCGUAGGCUCGAUUCCGUGGAGGCCUACGACCCUUUCCACAACCGUUGGACGCAGGUGGCGCCACUCGCAGAGGGUGUGAGCUCCUUUGCUGCUGCGAGCUUCGACAGGUGGAUCUACGUGAUCGGUGGCGGGCCCAACGGAAAGCUGGCGACAGAUUUGGUUCAACGUUGGGAACCCGGAACGGACAUUUGGGAGCGGCGGGCGCCCAUUCCCAUCGAAACCAAGUGCACCAAUGCUGUCAGCUUCAAGAAUUGCAUCUAUGUAGUUGGUGGCGCCAUGCACAGCAUAUAUUGCUACACCCCUCAGUCAGACUCUUGGUCUGUUGUGACAGGUCUAGGCGAUAGGGCUAGCUGCGCCAUCGCUGCCUGCAACAACAAACUUUUCAUCACAGGAGGCCGCGAUAACAAGAACCAUGUCAUCUCCACAGUCAUGUGCUGGAAUGUGGAUGAAGGAGUCUUGACAGAAGAAUGUGCUUUGCCCGUGGGCGUGUCGCACCACGGCAGUGUCACACUGCUGAAGUCCUACACACACGUGCACAGAGUGGCACCUGUGUCUGAGCACCAAAUAAUUUGAAACGAAUGACAUUGGGUGCCCCUUUAGCCCAGCGAGAGACAAAAUCUUGGAGCUCCUGAACUCCUCUGAUUCAGCUAUUGUUGGACGGACAUCAUCAUCUCGAUACCUGUGCUAUGGACUUCAAUUGAAGUCAAAACGUUUCUUUUCACUGACAUGUUUUGGUCGAAACACGGUUGUCUUCUGAUUAAUAUUCAUUUGUGGAUUAUGAAUUAUGAAGCCGAAAAGAAACCUUUGCAAAUUUUACCCAAACAAGUACUUAUAUUGUUGUCCGUGAACAUGCUCUGUGGAAAAUGGUGAACUGAAUCUGACUGUGGUUUCUGGACAAUUUGUUUGCUCUGGUCCCAGUAACCUGUUGCAAUAAGUAUACCCAAGAUGCAGAUGUGUUUUUGCGUGUCUGUCUGAAAAAAACAAAACAAAGAAGAAACCAGGAAAUGUUCUAUAAUUGCAACUGGUCCAACCAGUCUGCGAAAACAAGUGUUACAUUUAAAUUCUAGGUGCCUCAACCAUUCAGCGCCACUCCACAAGGAGCAGGUUGAAAGGUUCACCAAAAUUUGCUAGCAAAGAAGGAUAAAACUUGAUCUGGAUGUCAACUCGAAAGCUCAAAAUCUUUACCCACCAUGGUUAACCUAUAUAGUUUGGUUAGUCUUCUUUCCCUUGUCCUCGCUUUGGGGAAUCACAAUGUUCCUUCAGUGGUGAGCUAUUUUUUAGAUUAUGCCCACGGGCUACUCAUGAGGUACUUGGGGACUGAUGUCCUGCUGCCCACGAGCAGCAUCAUGUUGGUGACCUAUGCGGUGAGGAGUAAAUAAUUUACAAAACGUUUUAAAAAAAAUGUGCAUUAAAACAUUUCUCAAAAGGCAAUCUGAAAA